AUGUCAAUAUCAGUUGACAGUAAUAAUCUUAGUUUUGUUAACGAUUUGAAUCCUGGGAAAGAUAUGUGGAACAUGAAAGCGAGAAUUAUUCGAAAAUGGAAUCAGGGUUACAAGAUGGAUCUCAUCUUCAUUGAUGAGAAGGGUGCUAAGAUUCACGCAGGUAUUAAGACUCGUCUGAUACCUGUUUUUGAUGGUCAGCUUCAAGAAGAUGCUGUUGUGAUUCUGUCCAAAUUUGGUGUUGGUGAGAAUAAAGAUUUAUAUAAAGUAGUGGUGCAGCCUUAUAAAAUCAACUUUUAUAGAUGCAUAACUGUUACUCCUAUGAGAGAUUGGCAAGGUGUUGAGUAUGGUUUCAACUUCAGAGCUUAUGAAGAUAUUCUUCAAGGAGAGGCGUUAAACGCCUUGAGUGUUGGUAGUUCAUGUACUGAUCAUUGUUUGUAUUUAAUGAUGUUAAUAAAUAAGAUGAAGAAUGUUGGAUCAUGGGGUAAGGUUUUGCGGUGUACUGUGUGGAAUGAUUAUGCUCUGCAGAUUAAGAACUUCAUUUCUAAAAUCUCACCUCAUGAGCAUGUGAUGGCUGUUAUACAGCAUGGAAAGUGUAAGGAAUGGAAAGGUGAAUAUACUGUUCAAAGUGAUAAGUUUGCAACACGAAUUUUUUUGAAUGAAGAUAUUGAUGAAGUUAAUGAGCUAAGGAGGAGGCUUAUACUAAAGUUUGGACAAGGGAGUGGUUCUACUUCUCAAACAAUACUAUCGUCUCAGAGUGUUUUUCCAUUGCAUAAAGAAUUUGUAACUGAUGGUGUGAAGAAACAUGUUGAUGAGAUUAGUGAGAUAGAAAAGGUUUCACAUCUUUUUAUAUAG